CCUAGCCUAGCGCAAGAUAUUUCGAUCGUCUCGCGAUAGCGCCCAGCAUUUUGAUCUGUCUGCGCUGUGAGGCCGUGACUCGGAAGCUUGAUCGAUGCGGUUUCUUCUCGGAGAUGCAGAUCUUUCUGGCGCUGGCGCCAUGGAGCUGGGACUGGAAAACGCGUUGCCGGAUGCGAUUCUCAAGCGAGAUCUUUCUGGUGCCGGCGCCAUGGAGCUGGGAUCGCUAGACACCCAGCAAGAUCUUUCUGGCGCUGUGGAGGGAUUGAUGGACGUGCUACCGGACGCCAUCGUCCAGCAUUUGCUAUGCCUCCUCAGCAAUGCCGAGGACGUAGCGGCGUGCUCGUGCGUUUGCAAGAGGUGGAGGGAGCUCAUGGGCAGCGUGAGGAGGCUGGUCUUUCCAAGGAGUCUCAGCGACAAGGGGCUCCAUUCGAGCACCCUUGUGAGCCGGAUGGUCCGCAGCACGGCGGAGCUCGAGGAGCUCGUGGUCUACUGCACGCUUACCUCUGCCGGGCUCAUGGAAUGCGUAGCGCACGCUGCCAAGAGCUUGAAGCUUCUCGAGUUUCGGGUGGAGGAGGGUUCGGACAAGGCUUGCGUGGGCAAGCUCGAGGUUCUCAGCUGCAGCUCCUGCGACUUAGAGACACUGAGGCUGUGGGGAGGAAUUCUUCUUCACUCUCCGGUGGGCUUGAGGAGUUUCACAGGCUUGAGGACGCUCGAGGUUGUGGGUGCUCGGAUCCGAGACGGUGCUUUGAGGGGGAUUCUGGCAGCCUGUCCGGCUCUCAGAGAACUGGCUUUGCUGGGCUGUGAUGGGAUAAGGUCGGUGUGCGUGGAGCUGAAAGAACUGGAGAGAUGCCGCCUUGAUUUUUGUGGAUCUGGAGAUAAUUGUUUCGUCUCAGUGGCCGCUCCGAAGCUCAGAGUCUUGGAAGUUCAGGGAGCCUCGUACAUUCGUAUCGCGGAAGAUUCGUCUCUACAGCAUUUGUCUAUCGCAAAACAGACAGGAAUGCUUGCCAAUGUGGAAGUGGGAAAACUUCCUGCUCUGGCGUCCCUGUCUAUCAGAGGUCUUCAAUGGGAUUGGGGUGCUAUCCAGAAGAUGCUGCAGUCUGCCACACAAGUCGAGACGCUCUACAUGAAGAUUGAAUUUUGUGGUGAUGACGAAGCUUUUGAGCCUUUCCGUGACAUCGACUUUGGAGAUUUUCUCACGAGCCAUCCUAAGUUAAAGAAGCUUGAUGCCCAUGGGGCAUUGUUUGCUUCCUUGGUGCUGAAGGAGGAGAUUGCCACUCCUCCGCUUGCUCUGCGCUUAGAAGAAGCAAACAUAACCAUUAGAUCGCCUCUCAAUGCAGAGAGGAAGCUGCAAGUCUUGAAGAGUAUGAUAAGUUGGAGUCCACUUUUGAGGAAAGUUCGGCUAAGAAUAACACAGAUGAAGUGCACUGACAUCGAAGCUGACGAAUUUUUUCUCAACCUCAUUAGAUUGAAAUGCGUUUACGAUUUCAUCACAAUUGACUGAGGUCAUAAAAACUUCACAACUCUCUAUCCAUCAGUAACUAACAUUUUCUCUCCUUUUGCAGAUUGAUAAUCACAGCAUUUAUUUGCUAAGAGCCAAUGUAAGUUCUUCCCAGAUUGAUAGAUAAAUGGAUGG